GCGGCUCCAUCCAGACACACGCGCUACACCUCCAGUCAAACACACACAUACACACACACACACGCACUGACACACACACACACACACACACACAAGGCGGCCAUAGCUGGAAUAGGCUCCAGUGCACGGAAGUUCUACACCGAACUAAAACAGUCAGUUAAAGGACAAACCCAGACCUUUGGCUUCUCCAAGAAGACAUCCCUUUCACAGGGGAUUCACCCUCAACUUCUCCUGGAUUUUAGAUGAGAGAAAACAAAUUGAACAUUUCCAUCGUCAGGGCAUCAACUACCACCCCUCCUUCUCUAAUUCUCUCAAAAGCUUCCCUCACCUUGUGGCAAUGCACUCCACUACAUCUAUCACAUCACUGUUUUCCUUUACAAGUCCAGCUGUGAAGCGAUUGCUGGGCUGGAAACAAGGCGAUGAGGAGGAGAAAUGGGCAGAGAAGGCUGUGGACUCACUAGUGAAGAAGCUGAAAAAAAAGAAAGGUGCAAUGGAGGAGCUGGAGAAGGCACUGAGUUGUCCAGGUCAGCCGAGCAAGUGUGUGACCAUCCCGCGCUCCCUGGAUGGACGGCUGCAGGUCUCGCAUCGGAAAGGCCUGCCACAUGUCAUUUACUGCCGUGUGUGGCGCUGGCCUGACCUACAGUCACACCAUGAGCUUAAAGCACUGGACUGUUGUGAGUUUCCAUUCGGCUCCAAACAAAAAGACAUCUGUGUCAACCCCUACCAUUACCGCCGUGUGGAGACCCCAGUAUUGCCUCCUGUCCUGGUUCCUCGUCACAGUGAGUUCAACCCUCAGCACAGUCUGCUGGCCAAAUUCCGCCAUGCCUCUCUCCACAAUGAGCCACUCAUGCCCCAGAAUGCCACUUUCCCAGACUCAUUUCCUCCGCUGCCUUGUAGCUCAUUCUCUUCAUCUCCAUCCAGUUCUCUCCAGUCCCCAAGUGCACAAAGCCACCCAAACUCCCCAAGCAGUACGUCUGACCCUGCAAGCCCCUACCAUAUUACAGAGACCCCACCACCACCCUACAGCAUGAUGGAAACGAGCCCACCACAGGAUGUGAAACCUGGAGAGUCGUCCAACACCAAGACUAAACUCACUCUGUCUGCUCCACACAGAGACUUGAGACCGGUGUGUUAUGAAGAGCCAGAGCACUGGUGUUCUGUGGCUUACUAUGAACUGAACAACCGAGUCGGUGAAACCUUCCACGCGUCAUCACGGAGCAUUCUAGUGGACGGCUUCACAGAUCCAUCUAACAACAAGACCCGGUUCUGCUUAGGGCUGCUAUCCAAUGUCAAUCGCAACUCCACCAUCGAACACACCCGCCGGCACAUAGGCAAAGGUGUGCACCUGUAUUAUGUAGGGGGUGAGGUGUAUGCCGAGUGCCUGAGUGACAGCAGCAUCUUCGUACAAAGUCGCAACUGCAACUACCAGCAUGGCUUCCAUGCCACCACCGUGUGUAAAAUCCCCAGUGGCUGCAGCCUCAAGAUCUUCAACAACCAGUUGUUUGCCCAGCUGCUGUCGCAGUCAGUCAACCACGGCUUUGAGGUGGUGUACGAGCUCACUAAGAUGUGCACCAUCAGAAUGAGCUUUGUCAAGGGCUGGGGUGCAGAAUACCACCGCCAGGAUGUCACAAGCACUCCCUGCUGGAUAGAGAUCCACUUGCAUGGACCUCUGCAAUGGCUUGAUAAAGUUCUGACCCAAAUGGGUUCCCCACACAACCCUAUCUCAUCUGUGUCCUAACACUGAAAAUACACUCCGUAACUCACAGCACAGCCUGAGGAUCAGCAGAGGAGAAAGCAGUGUCUAAAAUGGCAGUUUUCACUACAGGUUCAUUGUACCAGUGUCACAGACAAAGAAUGUUUAAAGCAUCUUGUGCAUCUAAUUGUUAAAAUAAGUAUUACAACUGUGUCUAUUUAGUCUUUGAUUUUUUUUAAUCAUGAUCACUGUCUAAUAAUCUGAAUAGUUCAGACAGCAACACAGUGAUGAAAAACUAAGGAACGCAGAAAGGCAAAGCAACAGUAGUAGCAAUGAAGCUUGAUGUUUGUUUUGUGUUGGCAACAUGACUACAUUUUGAAUCCUAUUACAUGCCUGAUAUUUCUUAUUUUUUGAAAUACAGAUUUUCCCUCUCA